CUCUCUCUCUCUCUCUCGUUUUCUGAGAUCUAGUGCUGGUUCCAUGGCUUUCCGUUGCUCUUUCGACCUCGAGGACGACGACCAGGUGUUGUUCGAAGAAACCUCGAGCGUGAGGAAGGUGGUGUUGAAUAGGCCCACGAAGUUGAACUGCCUCACUUAUGAAAUGGUGACUCAGAUGUCAAGAGCUUUGGAAGCAUAUGAAUGUGAUCCAGCAGUUGAAUGCAUAACUCUAAAGGGAAAAGGCAAGGCGUUUUGUGCCGGAGGAGAUGUCAAAGGCGUAAUCUGUACAUCAGGGGCAGGGCAUUGGAGCUUUGCUGGUGCUUUCUACAGAAGCGAGCUCAUGUUGGAUUAUCUGAUCGCCACUUACACUAAACCUGUGAUCGCGCUGGUGGACGGGAUCGUGAUGGGCGGAGGAGCCGGGCUCGCCAUGCAUGCCGCCUUCCGCGUCGUCACUGAGAACACGGUAUUUGCAAUGCCAGAAGCGUCAAUAGGUCUAUUUGCGGAUGUCGGUGCGUCGAAGUUCCUAUCUAAGCUUCCGGGCUCUUUUGGAGAAUAUCUGGCGCUCACCGGUACACGCCUGGACGGCGGCGAAAUGCUUGCCUGUGGUCUUGCAUCUCAUUAUGUGCUCUCCAAGGACCUUCCAUUACUGGAAAAGAAUUUAUGUGAGGAAGCACCUCUUAGGAAAUCAACCAUUUCCGAUUUAUUAAGCAGAUUCGCUCAUAAACCAAAUCUCAAGGAAAACAGCAGUUUCAGAAGGUUGGAGAUAAUCAACAGAUGCUUCUCAAAACCGACCGUCGAGGAGAUAUUAUCAUCAUUGCAGGAAAAUGAGGUUGAAAAUGAUGGAGAAAAGAAAUGGAUCAAAGAUGCUAUAAGGUCAAUGAGAUCAGCCUCUCCAACAAGCCUUAAGAUAACUCUGAAAUCGAUGAGAGAAGGACGGGCACAAACCAUGGAACAAUGUCUGACUCGUGAAUACACAAUUUCUUGCCACAUGUUGCGUCGGUCCAUGCAUCGAGAUUUUUAUGAGGGUUCAAGAGCCAUGCUAAUCGACAAGGACAAUAAGCCCCAGUGGGACCCGCCAAAGCUGGAACUGGUCACCGACGAAAUGGUCGACAAGUUCUUCGUCAGCCUUGAUGGGAUCGACCCGUAUUGGGUGAACCUACAGCUCCCGAUCAGAUCGGGCCAAACCAUGGCCCGGGCGAAGCUCUGAGGGACGUCCCGGUUCUGGAGAAAUGAAUGGAAGUAGAACCAUGGCAGGUCAUGGUCUUUAAUAAGAAAGAGCCACAUAGCUUUUAUUUCGGCUGAUGAGCAAAGACUCGUUUUGUAUCUUUUAAGUGUGCGCACCGUUCUAUGAAUCUUUCUAUCUAGAGCUGCUCGCGAUGACGAGCCGGAUCUCUAUGAAGUAUGCGUGAACAUCACAAUUUGAUUUAUGAAAAAUAAGUAAGAUGGA